GUGGUCACGUGAUGUUGUAUUAGCUCGCUGACUCUGCUAUGUUUCUCGUUUGUGUUAAUUUAUUAGAAAUGCUAAAUAUCUCGCUUAUAUCGGUUUAUUGUCGUCGAAGGGCGAACCGUGGUCGUCCAAAGACCCGCGUUUUACGACGCAGUUCGAGAAGUUUGGCUGCGAAAACAGCCGCGGUCGGCCUGCACGUCACGUGACCAACAUGCGGCGGAGCGUUUGAUAAAAAGAUGGCGUGAGCGCGGAGGAGCCGAGAGGACAACAAGCACCGAACUGCUGAGCGCUGCCGAUCGCGAGCUUCAGCGGCCGUUCCGCUUCCAAAUGGAUCCCGGACAGGAUUUACUCCUUGCUGCUCUAAGCGAGAGUGGAAUUUGCCCAAGUGAUAUUGGUCUGGUGGAUGUUGAUUCUCAGGAUAUUACGCAGCCCUUAACCAUCCAGCAGCCUAUUUCCAUUAGUGCCCUGGAUGUCGGUGUGGGAGCAGAGUCGGUGGAGGUUGUUCGUCCUGAGCCUCCAGCUGCAGUUCCCAUUGUUACAAUCAGGCACAAACCUCAGCCGUCAACCACCACGUUUGUCUUAAAUCAACUGAAUCAGUUGCCGUCGCUUGGAGCUGCUGUUACCAAACAGUCAGUUACCAACCCAAUCAAGCAUACCAUAACUGUCACCAAGGUGGUCCAUGUGGCUAAUUCAGCACUGCGGGAUUCAUCCACCCCCUCAUCUGCAAGUGCUCCUCCUUCAGUAUCCAUAGUAGUGCCUUCUAACAAAGAUCAGCAGAUCCAGUUGAAAGACCUCCUUCGGACUAGUAAUGUGAAGACCACAGGCAUAAAGGGCAACAGCCUGAUGGAGCUCAUGAAGCUGAAGCCUCCACCUGAUAUUGCUCCACCUGUGGCAACUGCAGCAUCCACAGGUCCAGGUGAAAUGAAUAAUGGAAUCAAAAAGGAAGUGUUGGGUAAAGAUGCUGCCAGGAUCUGGAUUAAAGACGACCUAAAAAUACAAAACUUUACACAUUCUCAGAAACCCCCAGGGAUGAAAGAGGAGGAUGAGCCUGAGGAGGAAGAGGAAGAAGAGCUGGGUCAUGCAGAGACCUAUGCUGAGUACAUGCCAAUGAAAUUAAAAGUCGGCCUGAGACAUCCUGAUCCAGUCGUGGAAACCAGCUCUCUGUCCAGUGUGAACCCUCCAGAUGUGUGGUACAGACUGUCCAUCCCAGAGGAAGUUAUCGAUCGUGGCUGCUUGUCUGCGUUGCAGCUGGAAGCCAUCACAUAUGCAGCUCAGCAACAUGAGACUUUCCUUCCUAGCGGCGACCGAGCCGCCUACUUGAUUGGUGACGGUGCUGGUGUGGGAAAAGGCAGGACCAUUGCAGGAAUCAUAUAUGAGAAUUAUCUUUUGGGAAGAAAGAGGUCACUUUGGUUUAGUGUCUCAAAUGAUUUAAAGUAUGAUGCUGAAAGAGAUUUGAGGGAUAUCGGUGCCAAGAACAUCCAGGUUCAUUCACUGAACAAGUUCAAAUAUGGCAAAAUCUCCUCAAAACACAACGGGAGUGUGAAGAAAGGCGUCAUCUUCGCCACCUACUCGUCCCUGAUUGGAGAAAGCCAGUCAGGAGGGAAAUAUAAGACCAGGUUUCAACAGCUUCUCCACUGGUGCGGGGAGGACUUUGAUGGAGCCAUUGUCUAUGACGAGUGUCACAAAGCCAAAAAUGUGUGUCCCAUUGGAUCCUCCAAACCAACAAAAACUGGGCUGGCCGUGUUGGAGCUGCAGAACAAACUCCCCAAAGCUCGAGUUGUGUAUGCAAGCGCUACAGGUGCUUCUGAACCACGAAACAUGGCUUAUAUGAACCGGUUGGGCAUCUGGGGCCAUAAAACACCUUUCAGAGAAUUUGGCAACUUUAUCCAAGCUGUGGAGCGCAGAGGCGUUGGAGCCAUGGAGAUAGUUGCUAUGGACAUGAAGCUGAGAGGCAUGUAUAUCGCAAGACAGCUGAGCUUUACAGGUGUGACGUUUAAAAUAGAGGAGGUUCCUCUGACUCAGCAGUACAUCAACAUGUACAACAAGUCUGUGAGGCUGUGGGUGAGUGCUCGUGAGAAGUUUCAGCAGGCUGCAAACCUCAUGGAUGCAGAGCAACGCAUGAAGAAGUCCAUGUGGGGUCAGUUCUGGUCGGCCCACCAGAGGUUCUUUAAAUAUCUCUGCAUUGCGUCCAAAGUCCGCCGAGUGGUACAGCUGGCCAGAGAGGAUGUCCAGAAUGGAAAGUGUGUGGUGAUCGGUCUUCAGUCCACUGGUGAAGCACGAACGCUGGAGGCUUUGGAGGAAGGAGGAGGAGAACUCAAUGACUUUGUGUCAACAGCAAAAGGUGUGCUGCAGUCUCUGAUCGAGAAGCACUUUCCAGCUCCAGACAGGCAGAAGCUUUACAGCCUGCUUGGUAUCGACCUCUCGGCAAAGAAGACACCCUCCCCCAGUGACGCUGCAGCCGAGCCUGAGCCAAAGGGAAAGAAAAGAAAAGGUUCAGAGCUCAAAAAACAGAAGAAGAAACGUCGCAAGCACGGUGGUCUGUCAGGGACGAGUUCAGAGGAGAGUGAGUCCGAGGAAUCGGACAGGGAAUCUGGUAAAGACAGCGACGACAGCUUCAAAUCUGUCAGCUCAGGGGAUGAAGACGAUGAUUUUAACCCCUUCAGAGAUGAGUCUGAUGAUGACGAGGAAGAUGAUCCGUGGCUUAUCAGGAAGGAGCCAAAGAAAAGGAAAGAAAAGAAGAAGAAAAAAAGGAGGAGGAGUAUCGAUCCAGACUCCAUCCAGAGUGCCUUGUUAGCCUCCGGGCUGGGCUCCACCAGGCCUGCUUUCACUGCCUCGGUUAACCCUCCCAGCAUGCCUGGUGCAGUCAAGGCAGAGAGUCAGGGUGGCUUUCAGACAAGUCAGGACGCAGUGGAAGUCGCCCAGAAAAUGAAGAGAGACCUGCUGGAACAACUGGAGGAGCUGGCUGAGCAUCUACCCCCCAACACUCUGGAUGAGCUCAUAGAUGAACUGGGAGGGCCUGAAAAUGUUGCUGAGAUGACAGGCCGUAAAGGCCGAGUGGUCAGCAACGACGACGGCAGCAUCACCUACGAAUCUCGCUCUGAGCUGGACGUCCCGGUGGAGAUCCUCAAUCUCACAGAAAAGCAGAGGUUCAUGGAUGGAGAGAAGAACAUCGCCAUCAUCUCUGAAGCCGCCAGCUCGGGUAUUUCCCUGCAGGCCGAUCGGCGGGUUAAGAACCAGCGGCGGAGAGUCCACAUGACGCUGGAGCUGCCGUGGAGCGCAGACAGAGCCAUACAGCAGUUCGGGAGAACCCACAGGUCAAACCAGGUCACAGCUCCGGAGUACGUCUUCCUCAUAUCGGAGCUCGCAGGAGAACAGAGGUUUGCGUCCAUUGUCGCCAAAAGGCUCGAAAGCCUGGGUGCUCUCACUCAUGGGGACCGGAGGGCGACGGAAACUCGAGAUCUCAGCAGGUUCAACUUUGACAACAAAUACGGCAGAAAUGCUCUGGAAAUCGUGAUGAAGUCCAUCGUAAAGCUCGAUUGUCCCUUAGUGUCUCCACCCUCCGACUUUAAAGGAGAUUUCUUCAAAGAAAUUCAGAGUGGGUUGAUAGGCGUGGGCCUCAUAAAUGUGGAGGACAGAUCUGGCCUACUUACCCUGGACAAAGACUACAACAACAUUGGGAAGUUCCUGAACCGUAUUUUGGGCAUGGAGGUCCAGCAGCAGAACGCUUUGUUCCAGUACUUUUCUGACACUCUGGCAGCUGUAAUUCAGGAAGCCAAGAAGAAUGGCAGAUAUGACAUGGGUAUUCUGGAUCUUGGCUCUGGUGAUGAGAAGGUGAAGAAGGUUGAUUGCAGGAAGUUUUUAACACCAGGCUACACCACAGCGGGUCACGUAGAGCUCCACACUGUCGGGGUGGAGAGGGGCAUGUCCUGGGAAGAGGCCACGCAUGUGUGGGCAGAUCAAAAUGGACCAGACGAUGGUUUCUAUGUGCAGAUGAGGAAUAACAAGAAAACGGCCAUACUAAUUAAAGAAGUGAACAACAAGAAGAGGCAGUUCCUGGUGUACAGGCCGAACACCGGCAGACAAGUCAAACUGGAGACGUACACAGACAUCAAGAAGAAGUUUAAAAAGGUCUUGUCGGAAGACGCCAAGCAGUACUGGACCGAUCAGUACAUGCUGUCAGCAAAAAUAUGCUCUCAUGCAUUCUGGCGGGGCAAUUGUAAGAAAGCCUCGGUGGGUCUUCAGUGUGAAGUUGGUCUUCGGUGUCGGACGUACUACGUUCUGUGUGGCUCGGUGCUCAGCGUGUGGAACGAGCUGGAAGACGUUCUGACGCCAGUCAGUGGAACCAAUGUGAAGGUCCAGAUUGUCCGCCUCAGGACAGAAGAUGGUCAGAGGAUAGUUGGGCUGAUCAUUCCAGCGAACUGCGUGUCUCCACUGAUUAACAAACUCUCCACAUCGGACCAGUGCCAGCAGCUGGCUGUGCAGGAGCAGCAGAAGAGGCAGCAGCUCCACCCGCAGAGUCUCAGUCACACACCCAACACACAGCCCGGCGUCUUCAGCCCCAUCUCCACCUGACGAGCCCACGUCCCACUCUGAAGGGAUCCGGCUCCAUCAACGUCUCUUUGCACUGAAAGAUGGCGGCUUCUCGUCCCUGCUGUCGCCCCAGAGGGUCAGAGGCGUGGUACCAAGCUGUUGGAUUUAAACGGUGGUUGUACAGAGACUUUUUUUUUUUUUUUUUAAUCUCCAGAUGCUCUUCACCUAGAGAUCUGGCAGGUGAUGUACCUGUCCUCUGACAUUCAGAGUGAGGUUUGUAGUAUGUGAUGGAUACACUGUUUAUACCCAGAAGGCAUGCUGAUCUGAGGUUUCCACUCGCCGCCCGCAACUUAAGCCAUUUCAUCCAAGUCUCUGGGUCCAGGCUGAAGAUGGAUGGAUUAAAACCACUGUCAGAGUUUGAGGGCUCUUCCAGACAAGCGUUUAAUUCUCAGCUACAAUCUCAUGUGGAUUAGUGACGACUCAGACAUCAUCUAGCAUCACUGCACUGAAAGAAUCAGAAAAAAUAAAGACAUAGUUUAAUAGAAGACGUUCACCAACAAAGACCAACAUGUCAUCAUCAGGAUCCGUCUGAAUCAGACCAGUCUUCAUCUUUUUCUUCACGUGUCUCAAGCUCAUCAAAGUUUCUUGCUUCAGUUUCAGACUUGUUCCUCUGUCUGUAAUAUACGAACAUCCAGGACUUUGUCAAACGUGCCUUGUGUCAGUACAUGAAAGUGCUGCGUUCAGGCACCUGUACAGAGCACUAACCAGGAGAAAUCUAUUUACCGUCAGCUGAUUUCUGUUUAUACUGCAUGAACUUAGUGUGUCACUCGCAUAAUAUCUCACUAAGAUCAUUUAAGAAUUUUCAGUUGGAGUUCAUGACUCGUCUGUAAGCCUUUCUAAGCAAUGUGAAGACUUUUAAUAACUGGCUGGAGAUGAAGGUGGUCUUCAUCUUGAACUGCUCUGAGAGCCAUGCAGUCAUUUACUGUUGACUGGCCCCAGGAAACAUCACAUUGUUGUAAAUCAGUUAUUAAACGUUGUUCAUUCUAACUUUCCUCCUUCGGUCUAUUACAGUCUGUGUGAUUUUGAGUUUGUGUCGAGUCUGCAGACGUUGCUGAUAUUUGAAGCUGACGAAGUGGUCAGAUGAAUCAGCCGAGCUGCUGCCAGCUGCACGCUUUACUUAAGUUUUUAUUUUAUUUACGUUUAGUUUUUUAAUAAUCUGCUCAGGGGUUAAACCCAAAACAAAGAAGCAUAUCUGAAAGCAUGACCAGAACUCUUCUCCUGCAUCUGCUCAGUCUUGUUUCUCCAUGUUUAGCUGGAUUUACCGCUUCUGUCUUCAAGGUUCACACUCAUCUAAUUCCUCUUCUUUCUUGAGCCAAGUGUAAUUAAAACCUGCUUCUGUGGCGUAGCGCGCCUCUUUGGCUUCCUCAGUCCUGUACUGCAUUUUAUUAAAGCUGCACUGAAGGAGAGAGACCAAAGUCUGGGUACUGGAGCUGUCCUGAUGUCUGAGACUUAAACCAGGAAGUGUUUUUGGAAGGCGUCCUAACCCCGUAUCUGUGGAGUCGUUGCCGUUUGGUGUGUCCUCCUCUGUGCUCGACUGAUGAUGCAUUUAAACUUUGUAUUAUUUGUACAGUUUGACCGUCUCCACGCAGCACAUCCCAGCGGGCGGAGAGUCCCCGAGAUGCAUUUCUCCUGAGUUAGAAGUGUUGUAACUUGAAUGUGCACCUUGUAAAAUAUCCAUAUUCUCUUGUUUUUGUCUUUUGGGUUGUUGCGUACACAGGCUGAGUGAUUUACGUUUUUUAAUGCUGUUUAAAGAACAAAAGUCUCGGCUGAUCAGCUCUUCUGACAUGAAACACUUGAAGGACUUUUUUCUUUUUGUUUUCAGUUCUUCGCACGAGUUGCACUACUGACAAGAGUUGUACAAAAAUCCAGUUUUACCUGUACAUGAAUGAGUGCACUGCUCAAUAAAGCUUGGUAAACUUC